CGCGGACACUCGGUUAAGUAAGGAGACGCAAUUCCUCUUCGUUUUAUAAAAAACAGCCCACUGUGCAGGUAUGAGGUUCCCCCUGUUGGCACAUCUUCUUCUCUCCCUGCUGCCAGGGAGAGAAGUCACAGGAGAAAAGGCAGACAGGAAGCCCAACUUUGUUCUGAUGAUGGUGGACGAUCUGGGAAUCGGUGAUGUAGGAUGCUAUGGCAAUGACACCGUCAGGACUCCUAACAUAGACAGACUUGCCUCUGAAGGGGUAAAGUUGACUCAGCACAUUGCAGCUGCUCCCCUCUGCACCCCGAGCCGGGCUGCUUUCAUGACGGGACGCUAUGCACUCCGCUCAGGACUGGGGAGCGCAAGCAGCACACAAGUACUGCUGUUCCUCGGUGGUUCUGGGGGGCUGGCACCCAGCGAGACCACCUUUGCUAAGAGGCUGCAGCAAGAAGGAUACACCACCAGCCUCGUGGGUAAGUGGCACUUGGGUUUGAACUGUGAACAGAGAGGGGACCAUUGCCACCAUCCAAACCAGCAUGGCUUCAGCUACUUCUACGGCCUGCCGUUCACCCUGUUCAAUGACUGCGUGCCCGGAGAGGGGAGUGAUAUCAUGGAAGAUCUCCAGCACGUACUUGGUAAUCUGACCAUGCUGCUUGGAGUUGGAGUUUUCACACUGGUGUGUGUCCAUGUGUGUGGCCUCCUUGAAGUCAGCCUGUGGCUAUUGGUAGCGCUUUGUUUUCUUAGUAUCCUCGCAACCGCUGUGUGGUAUAUACCCUUGAAACACCUGCAGACAUGGAACUGCAUCAUCAUGAGAAACCAAGAAGUGAUCGAACAGCCAAUGACAGUGGAGACAAUGCCUCAGAGGUUGCUGAGAGAAGCACAACACUUUAUAAAGAGGAAUGUUGAUCAUCCAUUCCUCCUCUUCUUUUCAUUGGCCCAUAUCCACACGCCACUCUUCAAAACACCCGCCUUUGCUGGCAAAAGUCGCCAUGGUUGCUACGGUGAUAACCUAGAAGAAGUGGACUGGAUGAUCGGUAAAAUCACAGAGACGGUGGACUCCCUCGGCCUUGCCAACAAUACUCUGAUGUACUUUACGUCAGACCAUGGGGGACACCUCGAGGAUGCUGAUUCCAUCGUCGGCCAGAAAGGAGGCUGGAAUGGCAUUUAUAAAGGUGGGAAAGCCAUGGGAGGCUGGGAGGGGGGGAUCAGGGUGCCUGGUAUUUUCCGCUGGCCUGGCAGACUGGCAGCUGGAAGAGUAGUGGACGAACCCACGAGCCUCAUGGACCUGUAUCCAACACUGAAAUAUUUGGCCCAUGACACACAACCAGACAGACAUUUGGAUGGCUUUAACCUGAUGCCACUGUUGGAGGGAAAGGUAGAGCGAUCAGAGCAUGAAUUCAUGUUCCACUACUGUGGAAUGUACCUGAAUGCAGUACGCUGGCACCCACCUGGAAGUGACUCCGUCUUCAAGGUGCACUUUUUCACUCCUAACUUUUCUCCCCCGGGAGCCGGGGGCUGCUACGACACUAAGAUGUGUCUGUGUCAUGGAGAACAUGUGACGCACCACAACCCACCGCUGCUGUACGACCUUUUACACGAUCCCUCAGAGUCCCGCCCGCUGACCCCUGAUACUCAACCACAAUAUGCUGAAAUCCUUGAGCAGACCACCAAAGCAGUGGAGAGACAUAGAGAUACCCUCACAAACCAGCAGGUGUCUGAUGACACUCAUUCGCCCGCCGACGCAGACCCCCAAAGCGUUCAAAGCCAGAUGACAUUGGACAAGAUUUUGUGGAGACCCUGGCUUCAGCCCUGCUGUGGGACUUUUCCCUUCUGUGGCUGCAAAGAGGACACAACAAAUAUUUAAGGCGAUUCUUAACAUUUAACUUGUGGUUGAUUUAGAAAUGUGGGAAAAGGGUAUUGUACUCCGUGCUUUGAAGUCUGGAGUCUUUUCGUUGAUGAGCUUUAAGUUCUGUACAUAUUUACAUCUUUUGCAUGUAAAAAGAAAAUAAUACAUUUUUAUGCAAAUAUAUACACGACCGUUCAAAAGUUUGGGAUCACUUAGAAAUGACUUUAUUUUUCAAAGAAAAGCACUGUUUUUUCAAUAAAGAUAACAUUAAAUUAAUCAGAAAUACACUCUCUACAUUGUUAAUGUGGUAAAUGACUAUUCUAGGUGGAAGUGUCUGGUUUCUAAUGAAAUAUCUCCAUAGGUGUAUAGAGGCCCAUUUCCAUCAACUAUCACUCCAGUGUUCUAAUGUUACAUUGUGUUUGCUAAUCGCCUUAGAAGACUAAUGUCUGAUUAGAAAACCCGUGCAAUUAUGUUAGCACAGCUGAAAACAGUUAUGCUGGUGAUAUAAGCUAUACAACUGGCCUUCCUUUGAGCUUGAAGUUUGUAGAACAAAAUUUAUAUUUCAAAUAUUAAUCAUUAUUUCUAACCUUGUCAAUGUUUUGACUAUAUUUUAUAUUCAUUUGAUAAAUAAAAGUGUGAUUUUUCAUGGAAGACACGAAAUUGUCUGGGUGAUACCAAACUUUUGAACGGUAGUGUAAAUAUUCCAGUACUUUCAUCAGAGAGCUAUAGGCUCAUUCACCAUUUUUUUUACUAAAUUGGCUGGCAAAACUGUGAAUACCAGUGUAACAUCAGAAUCUAUAGCACACAGCCACAGCAGCCCACAGUCACAGACCUUCGAAUCACACGGAUAUUGUAGAAAGGAACUGUGUGUGGUCGUAACGUUCACUUUUAAAAGUUACCUCUAACUUACGGAAAAUAAAGCUUAACCUAUUACAUUUUAAUCAUAGUAUGUCUGGAAUGCCUUGAGCAGAUUUCUAUAAAUCUUUGCAUAAAUGUCCAAUUGGACUCAAGGACAAACUUGUUAAACCUAAAAAAAAAUGUUUUUGUCCAUUUCUCAAGAAUUAAUAUACCAAUUAUGCCAAUUUCACACAAUUCAAGUAGGAUACAAUUAUGAAGUGAGGCGCUAAUUCUAGUUCUGAUCAGUCGUCUAAAAUUUUCAGUGCACAAAUAUGGGUAAAUAUGUAGUUUUAACUGUGUGCCAUUAGAGGGCAGAGUCUGACUGCUUGGAUGAGUAUUUUAUUUUAAAGGGAAAUUACCCAAUACAAUAUGCACAACUGUGUUGUGUAAGCCCUGUCUAGAGGUUCAAUAAUUCCAAUUCACAUAUACACUUAUAGAUAUUUCAGUAACCAAUUAAAAGACAAGUGUGCGUGUGAGAGUGUGUGUGGUAUUAAUUAUGUCUGAAUAUAAUCAGGAUGAUAUGUAUCUUCAGAGCAAAACAUAAGUCUUAGGUACACAUACAUAACUUGUGCACAUAGCAUUUUGAUAUUGCUUGAAAAGUUUGAUAUUGCAUCAUUAGCGAUUAGCUGAAGGUGACCAAUGGAAUCCCUUCCCUUGUGCAUUUAUGUGUGCUUUAUAGUGAUUAGAAUAAUACCUCCUUAAAAGUAUCCAUCAAGAAUGUCAAAGCAUAAAGUCCACUGCAGAACAGCAUUGCGCAAAGAAACUUAGACAGAGGGAUGUUAAACACCAGUUUCGACCAAAAGGACACCCUGUGGCUUCACAAAUAUUCAGUAAUGGAAGAUUUAAAAGUCUGUGUGAACUCUUCCUUCAUCAGUGUCAUCAUCAUCAUCAUUAGUGUUGGUUCCCAUCUCCCUCCAGCAGUGGCUGGCUGUCAAGACAUAAAAGUUUCCAAAUCUU